GGUGAUCAAUCUCCAUCCGUCUACAUUUAGCAAUCAGUGACUGACGCGAAGGAGCGCGCGAGAAAACGCAAAUGACUUCUUGAUUUGCCCAAAACCAUAAAAAGAAAAAAUUGCGGCUUUUAAUUUAAAAAAAAAUAAAUAAAAAAAAUACGGAGGAAACAAACGACCCGCGUUCAGACGAACCCGCGAGCUCCAGCAGAGCGGCUCUCUUUUCCAGGAGAAGUUUUACAGCUUGUUUGUUUGUUUGUUUGGGAGCCUCCCUGCUUUCUCUCUAUCUCCCUCUCCCUCUCUCUCUCUCUCUCUCCCUCUCUGGUUGGAUAUUUCGCGGUGUGGUGUCAUCGCGCAGGAGAGCAGAGGAGAGCCUCGGAUUAAGUUUCCUGAGUUCGGCUCCGUCCUCCGUCAAAGUGCAACAUCGGGCUAAAUCAGCGUGCUGGUCAGAUCUGGGGGGACCCGGGACUGCCUCUAGCAUGAUGUCUUACCUCAAACAGCCCCCCUACGCCAUGAACGGCCUGGGGCUGAGCGGGGCGGCCAUGGACCUGCUGCAUCCCUCCGUGGGCUACCCAGCAGCCACGCCCAGGAAGCAGCGGCGGGAGAGGACGACGUUCACGCGCUCGCAGCUGGACGUUCUGGAGGCGCUGUUCGCAAAAACGCGCUACCCGGACAUCUUCAUGCGGGAGGAAGUGGCGCUAAAAAUCAACCUGCCGGAGUCCAGAGUGCAGGUGUGGUUUAAGAACCGUCGGGCCAAGUGCAGGCAGCAGCAGCAGAGCGGAGGGAGCAGCACCAAAGCUCGGCCAGUCAAGAAGAAGUCGUCCCCCACGCGGGAGAGCACGGGCUCAGAAAGCAGUGGUCAGUUCACCCCUCCAGCUGUGUCCAGCACGGGCUCCUCGUCCUCCUCCUCCUCGUCCACCGCCAACAACAACAACAACAACACGGGCAUCAGCAGCACAUCUACCUCCAUCAGCACCGUGUCGUCCAUCUGGAGCCCAGCCAUUUCGCCUGGUUCCGCCCCUCCCUCUGCCUCACUCCCGGACCCCAUGCCGCCCUCCAAUGCCUCCUGCAUGCAGCGGUCAGUCUCCAGCUCAGCUGGCUCCUCCUACCCCAUGUCCUACAACCAGACGGCAGGCUACAGCCAAGGCUACCCUACCCCGUCCAGCUCCUACUUCAGCGGGGUGGACUGCGGUUCUUAUCUGACCCCCAUGCACUCGCACCCCCACCACCCCCACCAGCUCAGCCCCAUGACGCCAUCAUCCAUGUCCACGCACCCCCAUCACCACAUCAGCCAGUCUUCGGGUCACCACCACCAUCACCACCACCACCACCAGGCCUACAGUGGCGCCGGGCUGACCUUCAACUCCUCCGACUGCCUGGAUUACAAGGAGCAGACGGCUUCCUCCUGGAAGAUCAACUUCAACGCCACGGACUGUUUGGACUACAAAGACCAGGCGUCCUGGAGGUUCCAAGUCUUGUGAUCUCCUUCUCCUACUGCUUCUUCUCCUCCUUCUCCUCCUUCUUCUUCUUCUUCUUCUUCUUCUUCUGGUGGUUUUCUUUUCUUCCUUACCCUUUUUCCACCCCACCGAACCACUCCAUAUCCCCCUCUCUGUUUUUAAUACUGUGCUGAGUUUAUUAAAAAGAUUAAAAAAAAAGUUAUAUGGACUUAACAAUAUAGUUAGAUGUUUUUCUAAACAAAAAAAGAGCCCCUCCCAAGAUUCUCAAGAGAAAGAACCAACAGAUCUGUGGACAAGAGUCAAAAAAGCCAGUUCUCCACAACGAAGGGAUGAAGAUGCAGAAUUCUGGACGGUUUUAAAGUGUUUUUAAUCCACAUGCCCUCAAAAGCUUUGGAUUAUUAUUAUGGUUAUCAUUAUUUUCCCCCUCAUCACCAGACUCUGAACACUCAGCAACCAGGUUUUACCCCCCUGUACAGCCGUUUCCUUUUCUUCAGUGCUCAUUUUGUUUUUAGGUUGCGAGAGAUUUUAGUCAGCUUCAAGCUGAAUCUUGUACAUAUGUAUUUGGGUCAGUUACAGUGACCAUAUUUAGUUGGUGUUGCUGGAUUUGAAAAUGGUUUAAUGAGACUUUGAGACGACUUAAAUCCUUUUCUUUUUUCCUCCCCUCAAAUAUUCCAAAGAUCAAAAAAAAAAAAGGAAUAAUCUAAAAUUUGGCCACUGGACUCGAUUUGAUAUGCUGAUCAAUAACAAUAACUUCGAUUUUGUUUCUGGGAGAAAGAAAAAAAGAUUUUUAUACGGAGAACACGUGGGGAAAAAAAUUAAAGUCAGAAAAAAGCUGUAAAUUUAGAGUAGGUAAAUUUGGCUAUGAUUUUUUUUAUUUUUUUUCCUUCAUUCGAAUAAUCAGAAAUCUCAACCAAAAUUCGAUGAAUGACAAAAUUGGGUGAUGAUCGGGAGUUCUGGAGGUUUCUUCACGGAGGCUGAGCGCUGAUGUGAGCAGCACUUGACAGACUUUUGGGUGCUUGUUGUUGGAGGGAUGGGGAUGUGAAGACUUGUUUUUUUUUCCCAGAACGCCAGUGAAAUGUUGAAUGUAUUUCAGGCGCAGGCCAUUCCAUUCCUGUCCGUCAUAAUAAAGAACCGUUAACUACCA